UAAAUUUCGAAAUUGUUUUUGGUGGAAAAACAAAGCACAAAACUUACAAAAUUUAUCAUGUGAGGUUCAUUUAUUCUUUCAAAAUGAUUCUCUUGGAAAAGACAAAUUUUUUUCCCUGAUUUUCUCCAUUUUUCGCAGAAUUUUUAUUUCCCGCUGCUGAAUCUAGUACCACAUUCGAGACAGCAUUGGAAUUGUCAUUUGAAGGUCGACGGAUUAGCACUUCUUCGUGUGCUAGAAACUUGAGACGAGUUUUUUCGCUUCGUUCAUCUCUGUUCUCCAGCUCCUCGCGAUCUGACGUGGUGAGGAAAAUUAGCUGAAGAUGUUGUUCCGUGUAGCGAGGGUUGCCCUCCAGCAGACAACCCGCAAUUUAUCCACAACAUCGCAAUGUAAUGCCAAAGUGGCUGUUUGUGGUGCUUCCGGCGGAAUUGGACAGCCCCUGUCGCUGCUACUGAAGCAGAGCCCCCUCGUCACCGAGCUCCGGCUGUAUGAUAUCGUUCAUACUCCGGGAGUGGCAGCUGAUUUGUCCCACAUCGACACAGCUUCGAAGGUCGUUGGGAAAAAUGGGCCAGAGCAUGUGGAGGAGAUUCUUGCAGGAGUUGACGUGGUUGUCAUCCCAGCCGGAGUUCCACGCAAACCGGGAAUGACUCGCGAUGAUUUGUUCAAUACAAAUGCGGGAAUCGUGAGAGAUCUUGCCCAGGCAGCCGCUAAAGUCUGCCCAAAAGCCUUCCUGGCCAUCAUCACGAAUCCCGUCAACUCUGCUGUCCCCAUUGCCAGUGAAGUGCUCAAGAAAGCCGGAACUUAUGAUCCCAAACGCGUCUUUGGCGUCUCCACCUUGGACAUUGUCCGUGCCCGUGCUUUUAUCGGGGAAGCUGCAGGAGUUGAUCCCCAAAAGGUGGAAAUCCCCGUCAUUGGAGGCCAUUCCGGUGUCACCAUCAUCCCCGUGCUCUCUGCCGUAAAGCCCUCAGUCACUUUCCCGCAGGACAAAAUUGACGCCCUGACCGUCAGGAUUCAGGAAGCCGGAACAGAAGUGGUCAAGGCUAAAGCUGGCGCUGGAUCUGCCACACUCUCAAUGGCCUACGCCGGUGCCCGAUUCGCCCUGUCGCUCAUCCGUGGCCUCAAUGGAGAGCAGAAUGUCGUCGAAUGCUCCUACGUGAGAUCCGACGUGACAGAGGCCAAGUACUUCUCCACUCCGCUCGUUCUAGGACGCAAUGGAAUCGAGAAGAACCUGGGACUUCCCAAACUCAAUGACUACGAGAAGAAACUCCUAGAAAAAGCCAUCCCUGAGCUCAAUGCUAACAUCAAAAAGGGCGAGGAAUUCGUCAAGUAAAAAAAAACCACAUCAGACACAUUUUCUCAACCAAAAUCCUUCCUCGAUUGCAAGAAAUUAUUAUUAAUUUCAUUUGUUGAUUUUUGAUUAAUCCCAAUUUUGUGUAAAUCUCCGUGAAAGGGAAUAAAGAAUAAGAAUUGAGACGACAAAA